UGUUCAUCUUCAAAUCAUCCCUUCAAUCCACAUUUUUACUUGCUUGGCCUUUCUUUGCUGUAGCUCCUUCCUUUUGCACAUAAUCAGCAACCUCGAUCAUCUAUUUCUCCCAGAUUGAUCCCUCCUUUUUAAUACUGAGUUUGCUGCAAGGUUUAAGGGGGGUAAAGAAAUAAAAAUGAGUGGUUGUGGGAUUGGGGGCAUCCCUUGUGAUGUGGUACAGCUUUUAAAAGAUCAGCUUCUCCCAUGCACGGUAGAAAACAAAUUUAAAAAACUUGAAGGGGCUUUGCAAACUCUGAAGAAAGAAGGCAGGCAGGUGCAAAAAAAGGUAUAUGUUGAUGAGGAAGAAAGGGACAAAGUGGCGGAGUGGAUUUUCGAAGUUGCACUACUUCAAGAGCAAGCAACGAAACUGGUGGACAGGUAUCGCGAGAUGCCUCGAUGGCGUGGACACAUUUUUUCACGCCACCAAGCAAGUACGGAAGUGGGCGAAUACCUCGACAGAGUGAAGUCCCUGCGGGACAAUAGCGUCCAUGAUGUCUUAAGUCUGGAGGAUCGCAUCUUGCCGUUUGCCAUGGCACCAAAUCUUGUGGGCAUCGAUUCCAAGGUGGAAAAGCUCAAGAAUUUUGUCAAAGGCUCCUCCAUGAUCAUGGGGAUAUGCGGCAUGGCUGGUGUGGGCAAGGCCACGCUCGUGAGAAAAUUGAACAAUGAUCUCUACGUCGACUUGGAAAAUUACGCCGAUCGGGAGAACUUGUUGUCUGGACAAAAUUUCUCGGAGGCCCUCAGCGCCAAGGAAAAGGGCAGGCUCCUCCUUUGCCCGAAAGAUCAUUUCGAUGUGGUGAUCUUUCUCGGGGAGGAAACGACCACCUCUGAGGAUGGCAUUCAACAAGGUAUCGCCAAGCGACUAGGCUUGGCUUGGGAGAGCAAGGAAGGCACGUCCGUGGCGGAUGCCAUUUCCAAGGCCCUGCGGAGCAUGAAAUUUCUCAUAAUCCUCGUCGAUCUUUGGGACGACCUGAACCUCCAAAACUUGGGGAUCCCCAGUUGCAACGGUCAUCAUGGGAGCAAGGUUAUAUUCACAACGCAAAAGGAGAUAGUUCGCAGCAAAAUAUGUGAUGCGUUUGGUGAUGAGAGAAAUAAGAUCCACCUGAGGUGCUUAAAAUGGCAGCCUGCCUGGAAGCUUUUCAUGAAGAAUCUGGAGGGCAGCCACGGAACCAAUGAAAGAGCUGCCGAAGAGAUCGUCAAAAGAACCAAUGAAGGAGCUGCCAAGGAGAUCGUCAAAAGAUGUAGUGGCCUGCCGAUUGCUCUGGAAGCAAUUGCGAACAUAAUGGAAAGCAAGAAGCACGACGAACGAGAAUGGAGCUCAACCCUCCGCUUUCUGGAGACCAAACCAAAACAAUUCCUUGAGCUGGCCGACACGGUCAUCCAGAAGUUGCAAUUGCCAUAUGAUCGCCUGGAGAAAGACAUCCGAAAGUGCUUCUUGUAUUGUGCUCUAUUUCCAGGAAAACGCGGAAUCAAAAGAGACUGGUUGGUAGAAUACUGGGUCGGCGAGGGGCUCACCAAAUGUUCAGCUUCUCAAUUGAGAGAUCUCAUUACCGAUUUGACGGAUGCAUCCUUACUUGAAAGAGUUUGCUCUAAAGAUGAUGAUGAUGACGAUAAUGGCAAUGAUGGCAGCAGGGAGAGAGGUAGUCAUGUCGAUGAUGAUAGCUAUGAUGGGGGUGAUGGCAAAAGCGACGACGACGAUGAUGAUGAUGAGAGGUACAGCGUCGGCGGUGCCGGUUGUGACGAUGAUGAAGAUAACGUGAAGAUGCACAGUAUGUACCAGGUGUUGGCAUUGUGGCUAAAGCAGAAUCGGUUGGUCGUGCAGACACGGGUUGACGAGGCUCAACUAGAAUUCAGCAAUGGAAAGGAGGCAAAGAGAGUGUCCCUCAUGGUGAACAAUCUAGAAUCCAUGCGCGGGGGGCUCGCCCAAUGCAGGAAACUGAAGACCCUGGUGCUUAAUGGAAAGACUCUACACGACAUCCCGCCUAGAUUUUUCUAUGACAUAUCUCACCUCAAGGUAUUGGACUUGUCCUCGACGGCCAUGGAGAAGCUUCCCUGGGAAAUCGAGUUUCUGAAGGAAUUGGUUUGUCUUAACCUAUACAAAUCCAAGCUUAAGAAGCUGCCGGAAGAAUUGAAGCACCUGAAGAAUUUGAGGUUUCUGAACUUGGGAUACACUACUGGACUCGAAGAAAUCCCCCAUAAGGUGAUCUCCAGCCUUGGAAAUCUAAGAGUGCUAAUAAUGUAUGCCAGCUACGGGGCCUGGGACGUGGAUUCCUCCGGCGAUGGGGUGAAACUUGAAGAGCUGCAGAAAUUAACAUUUCUUGAGGAACUUACCAUCACCAUAGAGAAGGAAAAAGUUCUGAAGAAGCUCUGCGAAACUCCGCAAUUGGCUGAAAUCACCAAGAGGUUACUCAUCCGUGGGUGCCAGGGUAUGCACAGCUUCGAAUUGCCACGACCACUAUUGUCUAGAUUGUGCAUGGGACGAGUCGUUGAUUGCUACGACCUUAAUGUGCUCGAAAUCGGCAACCUUGGUGAGAAGUGGAUAGGCGGAACUCAAGAACGGAAACUCGAGCUGAAGGGGCUCCCCAAGGCGAAGAUCAAAUGGAGGGACAAUGUGUCAGAAAACAUGUGGCUUCAAUCUCUUACUUGGCUAUCCAUCACCAGCUGCAACGGGAUAGAAGGGCAGUUGAUAAGUAAUUCGACAAAGGAGAAUGAUGAGCAGGAAGGGAAGAUCGAGAUUUUCCAUGCGCUCAGAUAUCUCGAACUUGACAACCUGCCUAGAUUGGACAGCAUAUAUGAUUGUCUUCUGCCUUUUCCUUCUCUGAGGACUUUCAAGGUGCUACGGUGCCCAAAGCUGAAAAAGCUUCCGUUCACAGAAGAUGGUGCUAAGAAUCUUAGACACAUUCACUGUGAGAAAGAUUGGUGGGAUAAGUUGCAGGGAAAGGGUAGUGAGAACCUUUGCACUAGAUUGAAAGAUCUUGUUGAGUUCGAUUGUGUUCUGAUCACACGUUCCACGUGAUCGCUAUGUUGCUGUUUUAUAUAUAUAGGUCUCCUACUCAGGGACGAGUAUAUAUAUAUUAACGGGUGGCAUGGCCAUGCACCGAAAUUUCUAUCGAUGGGCAAUCUACUCGGAUAUGCUGUCCUGUUAUUGUGUCACUUGUGUUCUGUAAAUAUGUUUUCUGUUGUUUGAGUUGUUGUAUUGGGUGGGUUCUGAUUCAUGCUAUAUAUCUGAACUUCAUGUUGUGUUCUGGAGUUCUAGUGAGUAGGUUUUAUCUAUAAUGUAUUUCAAUAUCUUCUUGUACCAAACUAUUUUCCUUUUAUGCAAUCUAUCUUCAUUGGAUAA